UACGAAGUUUCUUCAGAGAAGAAGAAAUUUCUCAAGUAGAGAGAGAGAUUCUCACAAUCCAAACUGGAAUUCCAUCGGCAAUGGCGCUCUUCAAGUUUGCUCCUCUCUGCAUCGAUCUUGUUGUCUGAUAAUACGCUUAAACUAACCUCCUCAUCCUCUCUCCCUAUGUCUCUUUCCAUAUGAACAUCUGAUGCAGGCCUGCAAUUGCUCUGGUUUAUCCCCUGUUUGUUUCAAUCAGGGCAGUUGAGACUGGUUCUGGAUACCACAUGAGGAAGUUGGUCAGAUAUUGGAUAAUGUUCUCUUUGUUUUCUCUCUUUGAGUUUGCUUUAGUGAAAGUCAUUGAGUGGAUACCUUUCUGGUCUGGUGUAAGACUUGCAGUUAUCUUCUGCUUAGUGAUGCCUCAGUUUGAGGGUGCAUGUCUUGCCUACCAAGGCCUUGUAAGUUCAUUUAUUGACAGGUUUGACAUGCUAAUGGAGGAGAGACUUUGUAAGAGAAGAACAUUUUUGGAUGCAGUAGACAAAUACAUCAACGAAAAUGGAUCAGAAGCUCUGGAAAAGCUUAUUGCAUCACAGAUGACACCACCAGAAGCAAGAGUGGAAAAUAGAUGCCUUGAGACUCCCCUCCUCAAGAAAUCUGAGCAAGAAUGGACCUGUGGCUUAUGUAAGAUGACUAGCGUCGGUUUGUCAACGCUGAAUGCUCAUCUUCAGGGAAGCAUGCACAAGUCCAAGCUUGAGAUCCUGAAAGCAAGCUUGCUUAAUGCAAAAGAUACAGGAUCGUCGCCUUUGUCGCAGGUGCAACACACACGUUCAUUUUCCGCUGCUUGGGAUCUGAAGGGAACAUAUGCAGCUGCUGAGUUUAAAGAGAGAAUGCCACCAAAAGAACCAGAGAACACUCUCCUCAAGAAAACUGAGCAAGAAUGGACCUGUGAUUUAUGUAAGGUUACUACGGCGAGUAAGUCAAUGUUGAAUGCUCAUUUUCAAGGGAGCAAGCACAAGUCCAAGCUUGAGUCCCCUAAAGCAUGCUUACUUGAUACGAAAGAUACAGGUCCCCCGCCUUUGGUGGAGCAUGCACAGUCACAAGAAACUGCAGAUUCUGAGGUUAAAGAGAUGACGCCGCGACAAGAAACUGCAGAAAAGUGGAACUGUGAUAUGUGCAAAGUGACAGCCAUGGAUCUGUUAACGUUUAACGGUCAUCUUCAAGGGUGCAAACACAAGGCCAAGCUUGAGACUAUCCAGAAAGAAAGCUUGGUUGAUGCAAAAGAUACAGGAUCCUUCUCACCUUUGCAUGCACAGCCAGUUUCUGCUGCUUGGGAUCUGAACGGAACACUUGAAGCUGCUAAGGAUAAAGAGAUGAUGCCGCCAAAAGAAACUCGAGAAACAAGACUCCUUGAAACCCCUCUCCUUAAAAAAGCUCAGCAAGAAUGGACUGCCUUUAUUACUAGCGUGGAGAAUGUGCAGUCAAUUCCUGCUGGGUGGGAUCUGAAGGGAACAUAUGCAGCUGCUGAGGUUAAACAGAUGAUGCCGCCAAAAGAAACUGCAGAAAAGUCAGGCCCAGACCCAGAGACCCCUCUCCACGAGAAAGCUCAUCAAGAAUGGAACUGUGAUCAGUGUAAGGUGACAACCACAGAUCCGUUAACGUUAAACGGUCAUCUUCAAUGGGGCGAAGACAAUGCCAAACUUGAGACUAUCCUGAAAGAAAACUUGCUUGAUGCAAAAGAUACAGGACCCAUCUUACCUUUGGUGCAGCACACACUGCCAGUUUCUGCUGCUUGGGAUCUGAACGGAACACUUGAAGCUGCGAAGAAUAAAAAGCUAAUGCUACCAAAAGAAACUGCGGAAACCAGACUCCCAGAAACCCCUCUCCUCAAGAAAGCUCAGCAAGAAUGGACUGCUUUUAUUACUAACGCGGAGCAUGCACAGUCAAUUCCUGCUGGUUGGGAUCAGAAGGGAACAUAUGCAGCUUCUGAGGUUAUAGAGAUGAUGCCGCCAACAGGAACUGCUGAAAAGGGGGACACAGGGACCCCUCUCCCCGAGAAAGCUCAUCAAGAAUGGCACUGUGAUCUGUGCAAGGUGACAACCUCGGAUCCGUUAAUUCUGAAUGGCCAUCUUAAAGGGUGCAGACACAAGGCCAAGCUUAAGAGGUGCAGACACAAGGCCAAGCUUAAGACUAUCCAGAAAGAAAGUUUGCUUGAUACGGAAGAUACAGGACCCUUAUCACCUUUGGUUCAGCACGCACAGACAGUUUCUGCUAAUUGGGAUUUGAACGGAACAGUUGAAGUUGCUAAGGAUAAAGAGAUGAUGCCACCAAAAGAAACUGCCGAAAUGCGACUCCCAGAAACCUCUCUCCUCAAGAAAUCUCAACAAGAAUUGAAUGGUGAUAUGUCCAAGGUUACUACUGAGAGUGAGUUCAUGUUGAAUGAUCAUCUUCAAGGUAGCCAACACAAGUCCAAGCUUGAGACCACCUUGAAAGCAAGCUUGCUCGAAGCAAAAGAUACAGGACCUUCACCUUCGCAGGUGCAACACUUGCAGUCAGUUUCUGCCGCAUGGGAUCUGAAUGGAACACAUGCAGCUUUUGAGGAAGAAAAGAUAGUGCCACCAAAAGAAACUGCAGAAAGGAGACUCCCAGCAAGCCCUCUCCUCAAGAAAGAUAAGCAAGAAUGGGCUGGUGAUCUAUGCAAGGUACCUACCGAGAGUGUGUCAACGCUGAAUGAUCAUCUUGAAGCGAGCAACCCCAACUCCAAGCUUGAGACAGCCCUGGAAGGAACAUAUGCAGCUGCUGAGAUGGAAGGUUUAAUGCUCCCAAAGGAAACUGCGGAAAACAGGCUCCCAGAAACCCCCCUCCUCAAAACAGAUCAGCCAGAAGGGACCGGUGAUGUGUUCAAUGUGACUACCAAGAGAGACUCAAUGUUAAAUGAUCAUGUUCAAGGCAACCAACCCAAGUCCAAGCUUGAGAGAGCCUUGAAAGCAAGUUUGCUCAAAGCUAAAGAUACAGGACUCUCAUCUUUGCACACUCAGCCAGUUUCUGCUGCUUGGUUCCUGAAGGGAACAUAUGUAGCUUCUGAGGCUAGAGAGAUAAGAACACCAAAAGAAACUGCAGAAAAGAGAAGUCCAGAGAUCCCUCUUAUCGAGAAUGCUCAGCAAAAAUGGACCUCUGAUCCAUGCAAGGUGACAACCACAAAUAAGAUACCGUUAAAUGGUCAUCUUCAGGAGACAAAACACAAGGACAAGCUUGAGUUCACCAAGAAAGAAAGCUUGCUUGAACUUGAAAAGCAUACUGCAAGCAAGAAUGGACAUGUUAAAGGGAGUGAUUCCCACAGAGAUGUCCAAGUUGUAAAAUCAGAGGUGAAAAAUGGUUCCCCGGCAGCUCUAAAAGAGGUGCAGUAUAUGCAGCCAAUUGAGGUUCCCAAAUGUACAUAUUCCAAUACUGAGGUUAAAGAGACGAAGCCACCACUGAAAGCAAGUCGCGCAGGAAAUCCUCCCUUCAAGAAAGAACGGAUUGUAAAGUCAGAGGCAAAAAAUGGUUCAUCGGCAUUACAAGAGGUGCAGUAUGCACAGCGACUCAAGGUUCCUGGAAAAACAUAUGCCAAUACUGAGGUUAAAGAGACAAUGCCACCACCAGAAGCAAGUCGUGCAGUAACUCCUCCCCUCAAGCAAGAAUGGAGAUGUGCUUUAUGUAAGGUGAAAGCCACGGGUGAGAAAGAUUUGAAUGCUCAUCUUCUGGGAAAUAAACACAAGGACAAGUUAGAAUCACUGAAAAAAAGGAAGGGAAAGCUGGUUGUGUUAGAGAUUAGUGGGACAUUUAGACACUGGUGCAUUCUAUGUGAUGCGAAGAUGGCUACUGAUGUUGCUUUGGCUUCUCAUAUUGGAGGGAAACGACAUGCCUCUCGCAUCGAUGAAAUCGAGAAACUUGAAACUAGCCUUUCAGCAGGUCAGUGUCAAUGAGUGUUCGGAACAGAACUCUUUGAUAAGAAAAUAUGUAUAUAUAUUUGUACAUGCAUUAUUGAAUGCAAGUGAUUGAAAUAUUUGAAUGAAGGGGAUUUGAUUUAGAA